UUUCUCAGCAAUAAAUAUGGGCUAUAGGAAAAAUGUUUGUUGAUUUUGCACGCACUUUUAUUUUUCAAUUUGCAGAGAAAACAAUUUUUAUCAAAAUUUACAUUAUAAAAUGUUGAAUAAAUUAAUUAUAUUUGGAUUAUUAUCGAUGUCGAUAUUAAUAAAAGUGAAAUCAAAUUUAUUAGGAAUAGAAUACGCUCAAUUAAUUUCCUCUAUACAUAAUAUAUAUGACACAUCAUCCGUUCUCAUUAUUCAUAAUGAUAAUAUUGAAAACAUUGCAGCCCUUGGAUCGAUUUUUGAUAUAGUACAACAAUUGUCAAUUGAAGGGAUUCCAUCUCUAACGGCAAAAAUAACACAAUUAAUAGACGUACAAAAUUAUUAUAGAGGAAGUGUGAAACGAGAAUUAUAUGUUAUUUUUAUAAGAAAAUAUGAAACAAUGAAAGAAUAUGAAAAAAUAAUGAAUAAUAGUUUUACAUCGGGUCCAGUGUGGUUAAUUAUUUUUCGAUCGCUAAGUGGCGAAUAUAUUUUAAUUGAUUAUUGCAAAAAUCCUCGUGGAAAUCAAUUUAAUGUUGCAUUCAAUACAGAAAUGUUAAUAAAAUGUUACGACGAUCCAAUUAUUAGAGAAUGGUAUUCAGUGCAUAAAAAUGAAACAUCUACUUUUGAUCUAGCCCUUUGGGAACCUGACGAGGGAUUUCGAUUAUUUACAAAUAAAUCACUUUAUCAGAGAAGAAAUCAUAUUGGAGGAGUUACACUACGAAUGGUUACUAUAGAAGGAUCACCAUUAGUUGAAAAUCAUGAAUAUGAAAAAUUGGGAGGAUUUUUCGGUAAAAUAAUGGAAGAACUUUCACAAUCAAUGAGUUUUAAAAUGAAGAUUAUUAAAAAAGAAAAAUUAUAUGGAAAUUGGGAUGAAAAGAAACAAGAAUGGACUGGAAUUGUAAAGCAUCUUCAUGAGAAAAAUGUUGAUUUUGCCGUUACCGAUAUGAUUAUGUCAACACGAAGAUCAAAAGUUGUCGAUUUUACUAUUCCACUAAUUACAUCUCGUGCAAUUCUUUGUUUUAAGGAACCAAAUAUCACAAGUAUACAACAAUUAGGAUAUUUUAAAACUUUUAAUAAUCAAAUUUGGAGUAUCUUAGUGGUAAUUACAAUUGUAACAUCAAUUAUUUUAACGACAAUUAAAGCAAAAAUGAAACGAUUUAAAAAUUUACGAAUUUUAUUAUGUGAAAAUUAUUUAAAUGUUUGGCGAAUUUUCUGUCAACAGGGAUUAUUAGAAAUUCCAAAAAUAAUGUCAUUGCGAUUGAUUUAUUUUUCAAUUUUUAUAUCGGCAUUGAUAAUUUCUUCAGUUUAUUCCGCGACUUUAAUUAGUUAUUUAACAGUACCGUCCACUGUUCUCCCAUUUACAACACUUGAAGGUUUUGUAAAGGAUGGUAGCUAUAAAUUAAUAGUUUUAAAACAAAGUGUUCAUUACGAU